AUGGGCGCCGCCGGCUCCUCGGCGCUGGCGGGUCUCGGCCUCCCGGUCCCGCGCGUCCCCGCGCAGCCGCGGCCGGGGUGGCUCGGGCUCGCCGCGCUGGGUCUGGCCGCGGUGGCGCUGGGGGCCGUGGCCUGGCGCCGUGGGCGACCCAGGCGGCGCCGGCGGCUGCAGCAGGUGGGCACCGUGGCGCAGCUGUGGAUCUACCCGGUCAAGUCCUGCAAGGGGGUGCCGGUGAGCACGGCGGAGUGCACGGCCAUGGGGCUGCGCAGCGGCCACCUGCGGGACAGGUUUUGGCUCGUGAUCAACCAGGAGGGAAACAUGGUCACUGCUCGCCAGGAACCUCACCUUGUGCUGAUUUCCCUGACGUGCGACGGUGACACCCUGGCUCUCAGCGCAGCCUACACGAAGGAUCUGCUGCUGCCCAUCAAAACGCCCACCACGAACGCAGUGCACAAGUGCAGGGUGCACGGCCUGGAGAUCGAGGGCAGGGACUGUGGCGAGGCCGCCGCCCAGUGGAUAACGAGCUUCCUGAAGACGCAGCCCUACCGCCUGGUGCACUUCGAGCCUCACAUGCGACCGAGGGACCCUCACCAAAUAGAGGACCUGUUCCCGGCCAAAGGGCGGAUUGCCUACCCCGAUGCCAGCCCAUUCUUGGUUCUUUCCGAGGCAUCCUUGGUGGAUCUCAACUCCAGGCUGGAAAAGAAAGUUAAAGCAACUAACUUCAGGCCCAACAUCGUAAUUUCAGGAUGUGGAGUCUACGCAGAGGAUUCUUGGGACGAAAUUCUUAUUGGUGAUGUGGAACUGAAAAGGGUGAUGGCUUGUUCCAGGUGCAUUGUGACCACAGUGGACCCGGACACUGGCGUCAUGAGCAGGAAGGAGCCGCUGGAAACGCUGAGGAGUUACCGCCAGUGUGACCCUUCGGAACAAAAGUUGUAUGGAAAAGCACCUCUCUUUGGACAGUAUUUUGUUCUGGAAAACCCAGGGACAAUCAAAGUGGGAGACCCGGUGUACCUGCUGGGCCACUAAUGGGAACCAUAUGUCCUGGAAUACCCGAUGCCUUUAAAAACAAUGUCCUCAAAGAUGACAAAACUUGAAGCAGUGUUUUAACUGACAUCUCAGCAUUUUCAAGUUUUUCCUCUUGGGGACUUCCUCGUGUCUUGAUGCUGCCAGUGUUCCUGUGCACAGGACAAAAAUAUAUAGUUUUGAUAACUUCAUGGGCCUUCACAGGAUUCUCAAAACUCCCUGCUUAACUAUGACGAUGGAAUGAUUUUUUUUCUCCAUUUAUCUACCGAGAGUGCUAACCUCUGUCAUCUCCUAUACUACUCAUGAGGGAAAGAGAAAAGAAAGAGGAAGAGUGGGUGAGCCAGAAGAAUGUUCUGGAAUGUUUUAUCACUUCUGUGCACCGGGCAUGCAGUGAAAUUUAAAUUGCUUCCCAAAUAAGGCUGGAACGCAACUUCACUUUUCUCCUCAAUCCUCAGGCUGCUGUUCAGAGGGCACAAAAAGCCUGACCUGCAGGAAGCAUUUCAGGUACUAAUUUUCCGUAGGUCUCCUCAGACCUGGCACUGUCAUUUCUCAGAUGGUGUCAGUCUCCUCAAGUGCCCAGGAUGGAGCCCGUGCUGUCAUGAUGGCCUUCUGGAUCCUUGCUGGUCGCCUCAACUCUCGACUCGGCAAAACUCAGGGUGAAAACAUUCUGAAGUCCCGUGGAGGAGAACACUGAUUGUGUGAUUUGAAAUAGAUCCCCGAAAACCUUUAAAAGGCAAAAAGGAAAGGACAUGUCAGUUUAUUUAAAAUCCAGUAUCUAAUUUUUUACUGAUGGUGGAACCAUGCAACUCAAAGUUCUGAGCAAGUGGAUCUUACGUCGCCAUUUUGUCCUUUGGUUGUGUCAGGAAAUUAACUAAAGCAUGGAGAAUGUUUCAAAAUCCGUAGAUAAAUAAAUGGAAGCUCCUUUGGGUAGUUUCACAUCUUACUAACUUCUCGGCACAAGGUCCGACUUUGAAAACUGACUGAGGUGAGCAGACAAAGCCAACUAACUGCCGACACCCAACCAGAGCCGGAUUCCCUGCAAAAUGGACCUGCUCACACACGGCAUCCCAGAUAAACACACAUCUUGGAAGAGCUAACAAGUAACAUGCUUCUUACCAAAGACUGUGCAUUUUUCACUUUAGUUUAUAAAAGAGGUCAGUGAUCACUGAACUCUAGCUGUGCUUUGCAGUAAAGUCACAAGUUAACAAGUG